GUUCGAGUAGCAAUAGAUUUUAUGGUCGGUAAUAUCGACACAGAAUUUAUAACAUUUGUAUUAUUUUAUUUGCAUUUUUUGUUUUAAAUUGUGUCGAUCCAGUCCGCAGAAUUCAAAAUUAAAUGUUGCGUAAAUAUUUGUCGAUCCACAAAGCAAAAGAGGAGGAUGGCGGCGUCCCACAGACGACAACUGCCGGCCCAUCUGCUGGUAAUGUGGCCAAUGCCACGACAGCUUUAGCCGGUGGUAAGAGCUCAAGCAAUAAUAUGUAUUCCACCCGCCAAUCUGUAAGCACCACAACCGGUGUACUUAUGGUCGGACCAAAUUUUCGUGUCGGUAAAAAAAUUGGCUGUGGUAAUUUUGGCGAAUUGCGUUUAGGAAAAAAUCUUUACAACAAUGAACAUGUAGCAAUAAAAAUGGAGCCUAUGAAGUCAAAGGCUCCGCAACUACACUUAGAGUAUAGGUUUUAUAAACUAUUAGGAUCACAUGCCGAGGGUGUACCAGAAGUAUAUUACUUCGGCCCAUGCGGCAAAUAUAAUGCUCUUGUUAUGGAAUUACUUGGUCCAUCACUCGAAGAUUUGUUCGAUAUUUGCGGCAGACGUUUCACUUUGAAGAGCGUACUACUGAUAGCUAUACAAUUACUCCACCGGAUCGAAUAUGUUCAUAGUCGGCACUUAAUAUAUAGGGAUGUGAAACCAGAGAACUUUCUCAUUGGCAGAACGUCAACAAAACGUGAAAAAAUUAUACACAUAAUUGAUUUCGGUUUGGCCAAAGAAUACAUUGAUUUAGAUACAAAUAGGCAUAUACCAUAUCGGGAGCAUAAGUCCCUAACCGGCACCGCACGCUAUAUGUCAAUCAAUACGCAUAUGGGGCGCGAGCAGUCGCGACGCGACGAUCUGGAAGCAUUGGGUCAUAUGUUUAUGUAUUUCUUAAGAGGUUCACUGCCGUGGCAAGGCCUUAAGGCUGAUACACUCAAGGAGAGAUAUCAAAAAAUCGGUGAUACGAAACGAGCAACGCCCAUUGAGGUGCUCUGCGACGGACAUCCGGAAGAGUUUGCAACAUAUUUGCGUUACGUACGGCGGUUAGAUUUCUUCGAAACGCCCGACUAUGAUUUUCUGCGAAGACUGUUUCAAGACUUAUUCGAACGUAAGGGCUACACUGACGAGGGCGAGUUCGAUUGGACAGGGAAGACAAUGACGAAGGAGCAGCUGGAUCAAAUGAAGGUCAUUAAGAAUGCGCCACCGUCGCAUUUGGCAAAGAACAAGUCAGAUAAGUCAACGCCCGUCGGAUCUCUGCAAACUGGCCAUGAAGUCAUCAUUUCACCAAAUAAAGAUCGGCAUAAUGUUACGGCUAAGGAUGUUUCAUAUUUUGAUUUUGAUGACGAUAAUGAGAAUGAGAAUGAAGAAUAUAUCAUACUUCAGACAAAUGCCAAAGGAGGUGUUGCUGCGUGGCCUGAUGUGCCAAAGCCGGGGGCAACACUGGGCAAUCUAACGCCGGCCGAUCGGCAUGGCUCAGUGCAGGUUGUGAGUUCGACGAAUGGCGAACUAAAUCCGGACGAUCCCACGGCCGGACACUCAAACACGCCCAUCACACAGCAGCCUGAAGUCGAAGUUGUCGAUGAAACAAAUGGUUCCUUAUAUUCCAGAUGUUGUUGUUUCUUUAAACGAAAGAAGAAGAAAUCGACGCGCCAAAAAUGACUAGACGGUGUACAAUGUAGUCCGGAACGCGAGGCAGUCACCCUGCUGCGCGCCACUUCACAUUCAAACUCACGGGAUAGCGUAUUGAAUAAUCCGAGUCAGGAUUACAUCCAGCAGGCAACGUCGCAGCACACGUUGCGUUAUCCUCCAUCCGCGUCGAUGCUGACGCCCACACCAACUACAAACACACCGACACUUCCGUUGUAAUUUAUAUAAAUAUAAAAAAAAAAACAAAAAACAAACACACUACAAACCCCUACAAACAAAACAU